AUGACACCUGUCUCAGUGACAACAUCUGCUCUUCAUUUGGUUGAGACGUCUUCUGAUUCAGUGCAAGAUAUUUAUUGGUCCUUCUUGUUUGCCAACCCAUGGACCAACGAGAAAACAUUGGACGAUGCUGAGGUAUGCGACAGAAGAUUUGUCUGUCUCUCACUGUGUCCUGACCCCCCGUUAUCGCAGACGCAGUCUGUCGACCCAAUUGCCACGUCAUUGGUCUUCUUGCCUACCACUCAGACACACAUACUCGUUCUCACUGUUUUAAUUGUCUUUUGCACCAACUUUGUGAUGCCUGUUGUGUCCAAAAACCGUCUGAAUCUUCUAAAAUUUCCAUCGUCAGUUGUGGAAAACAUUUUUCGACAAUUGAAUUUAAUUUCGAUUAUUGAUCUGACUUUUGUCUCAAAAAAGAUGCUCGCCAAAAUAAAAAAGAUGAACUUUCAAUUUGACUGCAUUGAUAUCUGGUGUUACGGAGUAAAGCAGAUUAUCUAUUUUCGAGACCAUUACGAUAUAAGGCUGAGCAUUUUUUGCGAUGACCAUCCUAUUUUGGAAAAACUGAAGAUUAAAGUGGGAAGAUUGGCAAUAAACGUGAUAGGACGACACGAAAUCGUGAAUAUGAUGGAGAUCUUAACGGAUGAUUUCUCAAACAAUCUCCAACUCAUUCUCGAUCAUUUUUGCAAAGUAUUCAGUUUCCGGUUCGGAAUAGCUUCAGUAGAUUUGAAGCAGCGAUCCAACAAAUUCCGGGAGCUCAUCAAUCACCCAAUAUUCAAUGAUCGCUUGGUUUUGAAACUGUCUGGGCAACUGAAAAGUGGAUAUAACGAUAUGCAGAUUCUGCUUCAAGAGAACUAUAAUAAACUUGAAGGUCUUGUUGUGAAUUUCCAUAUCAGCAAGGAGCAUUUCAAGUGGACAGACAUAUUUCAAUACCAAAGAGUCUCCAUCUUCGACGGCAAAUGGAUUACUGCUGAAAUACUCGAUUCGAUGGACUUUCACAGACUGAAAAUCACAUGCCACCUGCUCACCGCUUCUGAUGUCCGCUCUCUCAUAAAUAGCUGGCUAAAUGGAAACCAUCCAAACCUCCAUCGUUUUGAACUUUCGAACUUCUAUUCCAAAAGGAUGCUUGCGUCAGAAGUUAUUAAGGGACUGAAUGUGACUAGUUUCAAACAAGGAGAAAGGGAUAGUUACUAUGUAUUGGAUUAUAUUCUGAGCCCGUACAAAAUCGAUGCUCGAAGCGGUUAUGAUUUGAAGCGAAGUGAUGGAACUAUUGGGACAGUCUUGAGUACAGAGGACGCGUUCUACUUCGUGGUGUGGAAUGAUGGACCGUUCAUUCAGGGGAACUAUCCGACUAGAGCCUUCAACCCGACACUGAAUGUGUGA